AUGGCCUCAAUAAUCAACCCCGCGCGCAUGGCGCUGAUGGCGACGUCCGUGCCCGACUCGCCGGCACCAUCCUCGGCACCCCCAGGAGCAACAGAGCGAGCCGGCCGCAGCGGCCGCGGCGGAAAAAACGGCUGGCGCCAGGGAAAAGGCGGCCGCAGCGGCUGGAGGGGGAAUAAUGCCGGCGCCAGUGGUGAGAAUAAACAGGCCCUGGGGAAGGUUAGGGAUUUUGGGGCAAGGUGGAUCGAUGAAACUGCCGGUGAGGAAGGGACUGCUACGCCUGAAGAGCCCACGCCGGUGGUGAGUGGAGGGGUGAAGGAGGGUGGGGCAGUGAUGGGUGCGGCAAGGGCGUCCAGGGCCGAGAAGAGGAAGUGGGGGGGUGAUGAGGAUUUCAGCGCGAAAUAUAAUGCGACCCUUGUGCAGUCCCUGGUUGGCGGCGAGUCGGAUAAGAAGCGCCAGAAGUCUGAGCGGAAGGAGAAGGAGAAGGAGGCGAAGAAGGAGAAGAAGGAGAAGAAGGAGAAGAAGGAGAAGAAGGAGAAGAAGGAGAAGAAAUCCACCACGCCUGCCGAGACUACCGCUUCGACUGAGGACAAGGAGAAGCUGCUUAAGGAGGAGAAGAAAGCGGCCCGAGCUGCAAAGAAGGCGGCGAAGAAGAUGGAGGAGGAGUCGGCUACUGCUGAGAAAAAGGAGAAGAAGGACAAGAAGGAGAAGAAGGGAUCUAAGUCUGCUGAGCCGGAAGCUGAGAAGUUUAGCGAGGACGGUGAGAAGAAGGAAAAGAAGGAUAAAAAGGAAAAGAAGGAGAAGAAGGAGAAAGUGAAGGAAUCCGAGGAUGACACAGCCGCCGAGAAGGUGGAGAAGAAGGACAAGAAGGAAAAGGACAAGAAGGACAAGAAGGAAAAGAAGGACAGCAAGCGCUCCAGGUUGGAAGCAGACAACACCGAGGACAAGCCGACUUCCAAGAAGGCCAAAAAAUCCACAGCUACAGAAGACUUGGCAUCCAAGGCAAAAGAGCAACCGAUCCUAGCCAAAUGGAAUGCGGCCGAGCUCGCCGGAGGUGACCAGCGCCAAACCAAGUACCUACGAUUACUAGGUGCCGGCAAGGCAGGAAACCUCGCCGCAGCGGCAGCCACAGCCACCGCGAAGACGGGCGACAGCGGCACACCAAUAAAGGGACGGGAUGAAGAGCUCGAGAAGCAGUUCAACGCGGGUCUCAAGAUGAAGACGGAGCCCAAUGGCAAGCGGCGAGGAUUGGGCGCAUGA